ACCACAGAUCGCACGGACUCAAAACGCAACACACAAGCUGACAAGCAUGGCUGCCACCAUGAAGCUGUCGCUCACCUUCAUCCUCCUCCUCUCAGUGCUGGUGGUGUUCGGGGACGCCCAGGCGACCUGCGACCUCGUCCGGUGCAAACAGGGAGGGCACAUCACCUGCAAGAACUACCCCGGCCAGAAGCUCGACGGCUGCGCCUGCGUGUGCGCGCCCAAGGACGGCAAGCACUGCGUGCUCCGCCUCGACGACGGCUCGACCUACGACUGCCCCAAAACCAAGUGCUGAAAAGUACUGCUGUACACUGCACGCGUUCGUCGUGUUCUUCUUGCGAUAUCGUGUUUGAGCUUGAGUUCAAUAAAGCGGCAAUUGUGUCUUGCAACAACUGAUAAAUGGAAUGGAAUGGCAAGUUUGU